CUAAGACCAUGAGGAACAAGACCGGGACAUGAUGGGGUCUUAAAGGGACCUCCGAUCAUUACCGAGCAAGACAAGAGGAGGUGGAGGUGUGUGUGGGGGUGGUGGGGAGGCCGGGAGUCACACAUUUGCACUAAAAGGCGUAAAAGCGCGUGCAUGUUACUCGGAGGGCUUCAGGCCGCGCACGGGGCCGCGCAGCAGGACUUGGACGCCGCGAUGCUGCAGAGUCCGCUCACCUCCACGCCGUUCUCCGUCACGGACAUCCUGAAGGUGGAGCAGCAGCACGCGCACUACCGCGGCCCGCCGUCCUCCUGCAUGCUGGCCCGGGACAGUCCGCCGUCCUUCUCGGACACCGACGACCAGCCCAUGGUCUACCUGGGGGCGCUGGCCGAGGACGAGGACGAGGACGAGGACUGCGGGAGGGACAGCGGCUUGUCCGCGGACGGAGGCGGGCUGCAGGCGGCCAAGAUGGAGACCCCCGACGGGGACGCGCAGGAGCGGAGCCUGUGCGUGUUGACGGCGGGGGACCCUCCGUCUCCGCGGGCCGCGCAGAAGCCGCGCAGUCGGCGGCGGCCCCGCGUGCUCUUCGCGCAGGCGCAGGUGUCGGAGCUGGAGCGCCGCUUCAAGCAGCAGCGCUACCUGUCCGCGCCCGAGAGGGAGCACCUGGCCUCGGCGCUGCAGCUCACGUCCAACCAGGUGAAGAUCUGGUUCCAGAACCGCCGCUACAAGUGCAAGCGGCAGCGGCAGGACAGAGGCCUGCAGGACGCGGCGGCGGGGCCGCACCACAGCCAGCCCAGGCGCGUGGCCGUGCCGGUGCUGGUCCGGGACGGGAAGCCGUGCGUCGGCGGCGGCGGCGCGGCGCAGGGCUACGUCGCCACCGCCGCGGCGGCAGCGCCCUACGCGGGCUACGGCUACGGCGGCUACCCGGCCUACACGUACGGUAGCCCCGCCUACCAGAACACCUACACCUGCACGUACGGCGGCCUUCCCGCGCUGGGCCCCUCCGCGGACUCUCAGCAGGCCCAGAACCACCAAGGCGGCCCGGUGACGUCAUGCCAGGGGAUACGGGCCUGGUGACGUCAUCGUUUGGAAACUUUUACUUCGUCGUGUCGGGUGCUUUUGCUUUUGCUUUGGCUUUUAUUCCAAUAAAACAAAGUUUGCUUGA